AUGGGGUCCCUGUGGAGCUGGUGGACCCUCUGGACUGGAGCAGCCCUCCUGUGGGUUCCGCUCUCCCGAGCAGAGGCCUCCUGCCAAGGUGUUCAGUGUGCAGCUGGACUGCGCUGCCAGGUGGUGAGUGGGAAGGCCAGGUGUGUGGACAACAGCAAGGCUGUCUGCCGUGCCCUGGGCGACCCCCAUUACACCACCUUUGAUGGCCAUCGCUAUGACAUGAUGGGCACCUGCUCCUACACCAUGGCUGAGCUACACAGCACCAAGGGGUCCCUGCUAUCCUUCAAAGUGGAAGCUAAGAAUGCGUACCGGAGCACCCUCAAAGUCUCCCAUGUGUACUUGGUCACCGUGCAUGUCUACAACCACUCUGUGUCGUUGGUCUAUGGGGAUGCAGGCUUUGCCCAGAUCGACCACCAGCGCUCAAGCCUGCCGGCCUCCCUGAGUGAUGGUCGCCUGCGCGUGUACCAGAGUGGGACACAGGGUGUGGUGGAGCUGGACUUCGGACUGGUGGUCACCUACAACUGGGAUUCCCAGCUGACACUGAGCCUGCCCAAACGCUUUCGAGACCAGGUGUCUGGGCUGUGUGGCAACUAUAACGGAGACCCAGCUGACGACUUCCGCAUGCCUGAUGGGAAACAGGCUUCUGAUGUCCUGAACUUCACCAAAAGCUGGAAGCUGGAUGAUGGGGACAAGUUUUGUGAUGAUGGUUGCUAUGGCAACUGUCCCUCCUGCACCAAAGACCAGGCCCUGAACUACAAGGCAGACCGUCUCUGUGGCAUGCUAAAUCUGCCCACAGGCCCCUUCGCUGCCUGUCACAAGUUCCUGGACCCCACACCUUUCAUUGAAGAUUGUGUAUAUGACCUGUGUGUGACUGCAGGGGAGCGGAUCACCCUGUGCCGUGGCCUCAGUGCCUAUGCCCAGGCCUGUGUGGAGCUGGGCAUCUCUGUCCGGGAUUGGAGGUCACGAACCAACUGCCCCCUUCCUUGUCCACCCAACAGCUACUACCAGCUCUGCAGCCCUGCCUGCCCCGCCUCGUGCAACUCAGGAGCAGCUCCUGCAGACUGCUCCAGUCGCCCCUGUGUAGAGGGCUGCGUGUGCCACCAGGGGUUCUUAGCCAGCCGAGGCACUUGUGUGCCUGUCACCUCCUGUGGAUGCACCUUCCUUGGUCGCCUGCUUGCGCCCGGUCAGGAGGUGUGGGCUGACAACCAGUGCCAGCAACGCUGCACGUGUGAUGCAGAAACCCAGGAGAUGAUCUGUCGCAACACCAAGGGAUGCGUGCCCGGGACGCACUGUGGAGUGCAAGACGGCCUCCUGGGGUGCUACCCGGACUACUCCCGCGAAUGCCAGGCGACCGGGGACCCGCACUACCUGAGCUUGGAUGUUCGAAACUACAAUUUCAUGGGCACCUGCACAUACCUGUUCGUCGGCUCCUGUGGCCAGCAUACGUCUCUGCCCGACUUCCGAGUGCUGAUGGAAAAUGAGCGUAGGGGAAGCCAAUCCGUGAGCUUCGCGUAUGCGCUGCGGUUGGAGGUCUAUGGUGUAAAGGUGUCUGUGCUUAGGGAUCACCCAGGCAAAGUGCUGGUGGACGAUGCCAUUUAUCACCUGCCCUUCCAAGCAGCUGAAGGAAGAAUCGUGGGGUUCCGCCAAGGCGUAUAUGCUGUGGUGCGCAUGGACUUUGGCCUGAUUGUCAGCUACAACUGGGACACCCAUGUGUCUGCCAGGGUACCCAGCAGCUAUGCUGAGGCUGUGUGUGGGCUCUGUGGGAACUACAAUGGGGACCCACAUGAUGACCUGGGUCAGCAGACAUGGGGCCAAGCUCUUGACCCACGGGACUUUGGGAAGAGCUGGCAAGUGGAGACAAGGCCCGGCUGCAAAACAGCUGAACAGCCUAUGUGUCCUGAAUUGGCAGACAUGAUAGAAGAACAAUUAAGGACCAAAAAGAAGUGUGGGCUGUUUGGUGACAUAAAAGGCAAAUUUGGGGACUGUUGGCAAGUUCCCGCAUUCAACAGUGCGUUGAUAGAGUGUAUCUAUGACAGCUGCCUGAUGCCAGGCCAAACUAAGCCAAUGUGUGACUCACUGGCCACAUACACUACUAUUUGCCACCUGGCUGGGGCCUCUGUGCAACCCUGGAGGACUGAGGAAUUUUGCCCGAUGUCCUGCCCACCUCACAGCCACUAUGAGAUGUGUCACAGAGGCUGCCUGCUGUCCUGUGGAGAACUGCCAGUGCCCGGAGGCUGUGGCACGGAAUGCCGAGAGACCUGUGUCUGCGAUGAAGGUUUUGUGCUCAGUGGUGACUCCUGUGUGCCCUUGGGCUCCUGCGGCUGUGUAUACCAGGGCGCCUACCACCUACCAGAUGAGGACUUCUAUCCUGGACCUGGGUGCAGUUCCCUGUGCCAUUGCCAGAAGGGCGGCCUAGUGACCUGCCAAUCCUCAUACUGCAGCCCACAUGAGAUCUGCAAGUUGUCUAAUGGCAUCCUGGGCUGUGUAGCUGUGGGCUCCGCCACCUGCCGAGCAGUGGGAAAUCCUCAUUACACCACCUUCGAUGGCCGCCACUUUGACUUCAUGAGCAUCUGUGGGUCCUAUGUGCUGGCACAGACCUGCUGGACCCGGCCUGGCCUGCAAAAGUUUGCAGUCCUGCAGGAGAACACGGCCCGGGGCAAUGGAAAAGUCAGUGUGACCAGGGGGAUCAGCGUCCAGGUAGCUGACUACACCCUGUGGUUGAAGCAGAGUCAGUGGAAAAUCACGGUGAAUGGCGUGGACAUGAAGAUACCAGUGGUGCUGAAUGAGGGCAAGAUUCAAGUCUCCCAGCAAGGCUCCAAUGUAAUAAUAAUGACCAGAUUUGGCCUGCGUGUGGCCUAUGACCUCAGAUACCACGUGGGUAUCACCAUCCCCCGGAACUACCUUAAACACAUGUGUGGCCUGUGCGGAGACUACAAUGAUGAUCCCAAGAAUGACUUCCAGAAGCCCAAUGGCUCACAGGCAGACAAUCCCAAUGACUUUGGUAACUCCUGGGAGAAGCCAGGGCCCAACUUGUCCUGCAAACCAGUGCCUCCCUGCAAACCAGGACAGGAUUGCAACCCAAAGUGCAGUCCUGAGCUGCAGGAAAAGUUUGAGAAGGAGGAAUUCUGCGGGCUGCUCACCAGCCCCACAGGCCCACUGGCUGCCUGCCACAAGCUGGUAGAUCCCCAGGGUCCCUUACAAGACUGUGUCUUUGAUCUCUGCCUGGGUGGUGGGAACCUGAACAUUCUCUGUGACAACAUCCAAGCCUACGUGAGUGCCUGCCAGGCAGGUGGAGGCCAAGUAGAACCUUGGAGAACCAAAUCUUUCUGUCCAAUGGAGUGUCCCCCUCACAGCCACUAUGAGCUCUGUGCAGACACCUGCUCCCUGGGGUGCUCAACUCUCAGCACUCCAAUACUAUGCCCAGAAGGGUGUGCUGAGGGCUGCGAAUGCAACACUGGCUUCCUGCAGAGUGUCACAACCUGUGUGCCCAUGCAGGAAUGCGGCUGCUACCACAACGGAGUCUACUAUGAGCCAGGACAAACAGUUCUCAUUGAAAACUGUCAACAGCAGUGUGUGUGCCACGCAGGCACAGGCAUGGUGUGUAAGGAACACAGCUGUAACCCUGGGCAGGUGUGCCUGCCCUCAGGAGGCAUCCUGACCUGCAUCACCAAAGACCCAUGCCAAGGCAUUACCUGCCGGCCACAGGAGAAAUGCACAGAGAAAGGUGGCCAGGGUGUGUGCAUGCCCAACUAUAUUGCCAAAUGCUGGACGUGGAGUGGCCCUCACUACUACACCUUUGAUGGCUCAAGCCUGAACUUUCAUGGCACCUGCAGCUAUCUUCUGGCAGGAACUGAGUGCCCUGGGUUUAGCACUGAGGGCCUGACUCCCUUCACCAUCAUCACCAAGCAUGAGAACCGGGGCAACCCUACUGUGUCCUAUGUGAAGAGGGUCACUGUGACUACCCACAACACCACCAUCUCCUUCCACAAGAAAAAGAAUGGCAAUGUCUUGGUGAACGGAGUGCUGACAACCUUGCCUGUGUCCUUGGCUGGUGGGCGGAUUUCAGUGAUUAAUGCACUCUCAAAGGCUGUGCUGGUGACUGACUUCAGGCUGCAGGUCACCUAUGACUGGAAUUCACUGGUACAGGUUACGUUGACAAGUAGCUACCAUAGCGUGGUGUGCGGGCUCUGUGGGAACAUGGACAAAAACCCCAACAAUGAUCAACUCUUCCCUAACGGCACAAUGGCUCCCUCAAUGUCCACCUGGGGUGGCAGCUGGCGGGUUCCAGAGUGGGACCCCAUUUGCUGGGAUGAAUGUCAGGGGUCCUGCCCAACAUGCCCUGAAGAUCACCUGGAGGAGUUUGAGGGACCUGGCUUCUGUGGACCUCUGAUACCUGGCAUAGAGGGCCCCUUCACCAGCUGCCAUAACUAUGUGGCUCCGAAAAACUUCUUCAAAAGUUGUGUGCUGGACCUCUGCCAGGAGAACGGCCUAAAAGACAUACUCUGUGAGGUCCUGGCUGCCUAUGCUGCUGCCUGCCAGGCUGCUGGCAUCACCAUCAAGGACUGGAGGACGCAGGCCGGCUGUGAGAUCCCCUGCCCUGUCAACAGCCACUAUGAGCUCUGUGGUCCACCCUGCCCAGCUACCUGCCCAUCUCCUGCACUCCGGACAACCCCAGAUGCUUGUGAGGGACCCUGCGUCGAGGGCUGCCAGUGUGACCAGGGCUUCGUGUUGAGUGGCAAGGAGUGCGUUCCCCUGGACGGCGGUUGUGGCUGCUGGGCCAACGGCACCUACCACGAGCUGGGCAGUGAGUUUUGGAGCGAUGCCACCUGCUCUCAGCUGUGCCACUGUGAACCUGAGGGUGGUUCCCUGGUCUACCAGUCUACCAGCUGCCUGCUGGGUCAGCAGUGUGGCUUGUUGCCCUCUGGCCAGCUUGGCUGCCAACCCACCAGCACAGCUGAAUGCCAAGCCUGGGGUGAUCCCCAAUAUUUCACCCUAGAUGGGCACCAAUUUGAUUUCCAAGGCACCUGCGAGUACCUGCUAAGUGCACCCUGCGAGGCACAACCCAUGGGCACCGAAUACUUCAAUGUCACUGUGGCAAAUGAACACAGGGGCAGCCAGGCGGUCAGCUACACCCAUAGUGUCACUCUGUAUAUCUACGGCCUCAGUCUGACCCUCAGUGCCCACUGGCCCCGACAGUUACAGGUGAACGGAGAGUUCGUUGCUCUGCCCUUCGAGCUGGACUCCCGACUGCAGGCUUACAUAAGUGGCUCAGAUAUAGUGAUCACCACUGCCUCUGGAGUCUCCCUGGCAUUUGAUGGGGUCAGCUUCCUGCGCCUGCGUGUGCCUGCAGCCUACGCGGGCACCCUUUGUGGCCUGUGUGGGAACUACAACAAAAAUCCCAGUGAUGACCUGACAGCAGUGGAAGGGAAACCUGAGGGCUGGCAGGUGGGAGGUGCCCCAGGCUGUGAUGAGUGUGUGCCCGGGCCUUGCCCAAAACCCUGUACUCCAGAGCAACAGGAACCCUUCCGUGGUCCUGAUGCCUGCGGGAUAAUCUCGGCCCCAGACGGCCCACUGGCAGCCUGCCACAGCCUCAUACCACCUGAGCAGUACUUCGAGGAUUGCUUGUUGGAUGCCUGCCAAGUUCAGGGCCAUCCAGGAGGACUCUGUCCUGCAGUGGCCACCUACGUGGCAGCUUGCCAGGCCGCUGGAGCCCAGCUUGGAGAAUGGAGGAAGCCGGACUUCUGUCCCUUCCAGUGCCCUGCCAACAGCCACUACCAGCUCUGUGGUGACUCCUGCCCCGUGAGCUGCCCGAGCCUCUCAGCCCCCGAGGGCUGUGAAACCACCUGUCGUGAGGGCUGUGUCUGUGAUUCUGGGUUUGUGCUCAGCGGUGACACCUGUGUGCCUGUGGGCCAGUGUGGCUGCCUCCAUGAUGGACGUUACUACCUGCUGGGUGCCACCUUCUACCCAGGCCCUGAGUGUGAGCAGUUCUGUAAGUGCAGCCCAGGUGGCCAGGUCAGCUGCAAGAGAGAGGCCUGUGGGCCCUAUGAGGAGUGCCAGGUAAAAGAUGGCAUCCGUGGCUGUCAUCCCCAGAGCAAUGGAAUGAUGUUGAUCAUUGAGGGCGACUAUUAUGUCAGCCCUGAUGGACUGGCCUAUCAAAUGCAUGGCUCCUGCUACUAUGUCUUGGCCCAAGUCUGUCACCCAGAAUCUAAAGAAGAGUUGCUUUCCAUUGUGCUUGAAAAGAACUUCAAUGGAGAUCUUCAAAGAGUGGUGGUAGCUGUGGCUGACCAGAUUGUGGUUCUGUCUCAAGGGCAAAAGGUAACCGUAGAUGGUGAAGCUGUGACCUUGCCUGUGGCUGUAGACCAAGUGCACAUGAGCGCUGAAGGCCAAAAUGUAAUUGUGCGGUCGAUCCAGGGGCUGAAGCUUCUCUAUGACGGCAAGGCCCAUGUCCUCCUGUCCAUCCCUAGUACCUUCCGUGGACGUCUCUGUGGCCUCUGUGGGAACUUCAACGGCAACUGGAGUGACGACUUGAUGCUGCCCAGUGGUGCAGAGGCCCCCAAUGUGGACAGCUUUGUAACUGCUUGGAGAGCUCCCGGCUCCACUGAGGGAUGCACUGAGGGCUGUGGGCCCCAAGGCUGCCCUGUGUGCUUAGAAGAGGAGGCAGAAGCAUAUGAGACAGAAGAAUUCUGUGGCAAGUUGCAGGACCCCGAAGGUCCCUUCGCAUUCUGCCACAGGGUUUGGAGUCCCUCGGAAUACUUCCGCCAAUGUGUGAAGAACAUGUGUACUCAUAAGGGCGACAAAACCUACCUCUGCAACGCCCUAGCAGCCUACACUGCGGACUGUCAGGCAGCUGGCGCAACCAUGAAGCCCUGGAGGACAGACAGCUUCUGCCCUCUUCAGUGCCCUGCCCACAGCCACUACUCUCUCUGCACGUACUCCUGCCAACUUUCCUGUGCAGCACUCUCUGGCCUCACUGGCUGCACCAACCAAUGCUUUGAAGGAUGUGAGUGUGAUGACCACUACCUGCUCUCAGAGGGUGUGUGUAUCCCUGCCCAAAACUGCGGCUGCACCCACAAUGGCCGAUACUUGCCGGUGAACUCCUCACUACUGACCUCAGACUGCAGUAAGCGCUGUUUCUGCUCAGCAAGUACUGGCCUGACAUGCCAGGCAGCUGGCUGCCCAUUUGGCCGUGUCUGUGAGAUCCAAGCAGGAGUCCAGGACUGCUGGCCGGCUGGGGGUCUCUGCUCACUCUCUGUGGGUGCCAACCUCACCACUUUUGAUGGAGCCCUCAAUGCCAUCAGCUCUCCUGGCAUCUAUGAACUUUCUUCCCGAUGCCCAGGACUCCAGAAUACCCUGCCCUGGUACCGCAUGGUUGCUGAUGUCCAGAGCUGCAAUGGCCAAGAUAAGACUGUGGGUGAGGUCCACAUCUUCUUCCGAGAUGGGAUGGUGACUCUGACCCCAAGCAAGGCCGUGUGGGUAAAUGGUCUCCGAGUGGAUAUCCCAGCCAGUGUGUUAACAUCUGUGUCUGUGAAGCAGGCACCUGAUGGCUCCAUGCUCCUCCACCAUAAAGCAGGGAUCCAGAUGUGGCUUGGCACUGAUGGGGAGCUGGCUAUAAUGGUCAGCAAUGACCAUACUGGCAGACUGUGUGGGGCCUGUGGAAACUUUGAUGGGGACCAGGCCAAUGAUAUGCUUGGAUCCUGGGGAAAGACAGUGAUUGAGAAGUGGAGAGCACAGGACUUCUCCCCAUGUUACAACUGAUCAGUCAUCAUUGGCAAUGAAGACUUAAAGACCUGCCCCCAUCCUGGAGGUUAAGUGAUUGAAGGAUGACCUGUGCACUCCUUCCCUGUCCCUUCCUUCCUCUGAGCCACUGAGGCUAAAUUGAGAGCAUAGAGUAAACAUCUCGAACCAAGCUG